ACUCGUGCCCUCGAAAUACUCCCAGAAGUCGAUUGCAGACCGAUAUUUGCACUCGGCCGCCGGAAUCCUGAUGGAUUUUGUUGCCCAUGGCGAAUUCGUCCUCUCUCAUUGCCGCUGAUCUCUUCUUUUAACAAUCAUCUAACGGCGGAUCUUCUCUGCGUUGAAUUCCACUUCGCUCCUCUCCGUUACUCAGGGUCCUCUUCCUCAACACGCCCUUCGCCCUUCGCGUUUCGCCCUUCGCAAUCUCAUAAAGGUAAAGGAGGUUGUCUCAGGAGAUCCUGGGUAAGCUCAUGGCGAAUUUUCGUUCUGUUCUAUUAGGCUUGGCACGAGCAAGGAGUCGUUUUAAUUUUGGCAUUGGAAAUUCUCUAAGGAAUUCAACAAUAUCAUCCGCUAAUGGCCUCUUUGCAUAUGUUUUUGCUGGAAAGUUACUUGUACAAGCCCGUUUGUUCUCAUCUACAGGACUUCCGUCUCAUAUAGUACUUGAAAUGCCAGCAUUGUCUCCUACAAUGAAUCAAGGUAACAUUGCAAAGUGGAGAAAGAAAGAAGGUGAUAAGAUUAAUGUAGGCGAUGUUCUUUGUGAGAUAGAGACAGAUAAAGCAACUCUUGAAUUUGAAAGCCUUGAGGAGGGGUUCUUGGCAAAGAUAUUAGCGCCUGAAGGUUCAAAGGAUGUGCUUGUUGGACGACCUAUUGCUGUCACGGUCGAAGAUCCAGAUGAAAUUAACAAUAUACCUGAUGAUUCAUUCAGUGGACUGGAACCCAAAGAUGAAAAACCUACUGAUACAUUGGCCAACUCUGCAGAACUGAAGGUGGGUACUUCAAAGGCAUCUUUCAUUAGAAUCAGCCCAGCAGCAAAGUUCCUAAUUGCACAACAUAGACUGGAAGCAUCUUCACUGGAAGCAUCGGGACCCCGUGGAACACUUUUGAAGGGGGAUGUACUUGCAGCAAUUAGGUCUAGAAACCAAUCUGUUGGAGCUCUCAAAGAAGUUCAAGAUCCAAUAGCUCCAUUGACAAGUACCUCUAAGUUGACUUCUCUUUCUUCACCUGAAUCCGAAGGCCCUUUAGAUGGGACAGUUAUUCAUACAGAUCUUCAAAAUAGUCAGAUUCGCAAGGUUAUUGCAAAACGAUUGCUUGAAUCUAAACAAAGCAUUCCACAUUUAUAUUUAUCCUCAGAUGUCAUAUUGGAUCCUUUACUGGCAUUCAGAAAGGAACUUAAAGAACAAUAUAAUGUGAAAGUCUCAGUUAAUGAUAUUGUCUUAAAAGCUGUUGCACUUGCAUUGAAAACCGUACCUGAAGCAAAUGUUUACUGGAAUGCUGAGAAAGGUGAAUCUGUAUCAUGUGACUCAGUUGACAUAUCAGUAGCAGUUGCCACGGAGAAGGGAUUGAUGACUCCUAUUGUCAGAAAUGCAGAUCAGAAGUCAUUAUCAGCGAUAUCCUUGGAGGUCAAAGAGUUAGCUGACAAGGCACGUGCUGGUAAACUUAAACCUGAUCAAUUCCAAGGUGGAUCAUUCAGCAUCUCAAAUCUUGGCAUGUAUCCCGUGGACCAUUUCUGUGCCAUUAUAAACCCCCCUCAGGCUUGUAUUCUUGCUGUUGGUCGAGGCAACAUGGUUGUUGAACCUGUCAUUGGAACUGAUGGAGUUGAGAAACCUGCAAUUGUUACAAAAAUGAGUUUGAAGCUAUCUGCUGAUCAUCGCGUGUUUGAUGGCCAGUUAGCAAGCAAGUUCCUUUCGGCACUGUCAUCAAACUUUAGCAACAUUAGAGGACUACUGUUAUGAAGCAUAGAAAGAGAACAAUGAAGUUGGGAGCAUAUUCCAUCUCACGAAGAUAUGACUUCAAACUCAGAAGGGUGUUUACCCAACUCGGGCAUAUAAUAAUUUAUUUCUCAUUAAUAAGAUUACUAAAAUUGUUUUAUUCAAUAAAUUAGUUUUCACAAAAAGCCUGAUACAUUCAUUCUUUGCUCCAAGCUUGCCCAAUUCCUUGAACAAAAUUUCCAAGUGAUCUACUCAGACUCGUUUCUUGCUGAUUUUGAGGCUGCUUGUGAAAUAUUGAAGUAGAGAUGAGCAAUGAUGCUUGACAUAAUGUUAUCAAUAUUACAAUGGGUUGAUGAUAAAAUAUCAAUAUGUAUGAUUUGCUGUAUGAUUAUUCUAGUGCUAUAAAUCUGGCAUCUAUUAAAUAACAAUCCUAAAA